UUGAUAUAUCUUUUAGUUAUUUUAUAUUUCCUCAUUAGCUUUUUUUUAUUCCGUUGAACCUGUUGAAUUGUAAUAGUACUUUUAUUUAAUUGAAUUUUCAGAUUAUUACACAUGCAUAAGUUUUAUUCCGAAAUUGUAAUCGAAGCUAUUAUUUUAGACGGACCUUAAUAUUUAACCUUUAACCCGGAAGUCCAUUUUUAUAAACAUCAGAGACGUAGAUCUAAUUUUUUAACAAGAUGACAGAAGUUGUCAAAGAAAUGAAAGCUGAAGCUUUACCACAUUUUAUGGAGCUCUCAGAUGCUGGCCAGUUUUCACUUGGAGCUCUGUGUGCAAUUUCACUUAAGAUGCUAUUUGAAGAAGACUUCAAUGAUCAGUUUAAAAAGAAUACUUUGUCCAUGAUUUUACAAUACAUGAAACAACCAGAACAGGUUGAAGAAGCUAUAAAAGCUAUAUUAGAUGGUCAGGGUAUUGACGAUUCUGAUCCAUAUGUAGAUAUUCUACUAAAAGAGGAGAUCCUUCCUAAAACCAAAAGUGCUGAACCGUUAGUGACAGACUUCAUUACCAUGGCAAUCCAGAAAGGCAACUAUGAUGCUAGAUUUCGUGUUUUAAUUAAACAUGUGUCAUGGCAACUACGUGUUACAUGGGAUACAAUGGAGGAAAUUGAAGGAAGCCUUGCUGAGAUACUAGAAGCUGAACAGUAUGAGGUGUCAGAAGAUGAAGCAAAGGAAAAAGCAAAGAAAGCACGAAAUAGUAAAUUUAAACGCUAUGCUCUCAUUGGCUUGGCUACAAUUGGUGGAGGAACUAUUAUAGGAUUAACAGGAGGAUUAGCAGCUCCACUUGUAGCUGCUGGUGCUGGUGCUAUUAUUGGUGGUGCUGGAGCAGCAGCACUAGGUACAACAGCAGGUGUAGCUGUCAUUGGUUCCUUAUUUGGUGUGGCUGGAGCAGGACUUGCAGGUCAUAAGAUGAAAAGACGAGUUGGUGCUAUAGAAGAAUUCAUGUUUGAACCAUUAAUAUGUGGUCACGCUUUACAAACAACCGGUGUAUCUAAACAACUUCAUAUAACUAUAGCCGUUACUGGUUGGCUCACAUCAAAAGUUCAAGAUUUUCGACAACCUUGGCCAUCACUAGCAGAAUCAAGGGAACAAUACAGUUUAAAAUGGGAAUCAAAAUAUUUGUUGGAGCUAGGAAAAUCUUUUGAAUAUAUAACGAGUAUAGCUGUUUCUAUGGCAGCACAAGAAGCCUUAAAAUUUACUGUUCUUUCAGGUAUAUUAGCAGCUAUAGCAUGGCCAGCAGCUCUUGUAUCAGCUGCUAAUGUUAUAGACAAUCCAUGGAGUGUUUGUUUAAACAGAUCUAAUGCUGCUGGUAAACAAUUAGCAGAAGUUUUGUUGUCAAGGGAACAGGGUAAAAGGCCGGUAACUUUGAUUGGUUAUAGUCUGGGUGCUAGAGUUAUCUUCUCUUGUUUAGAAGAAUUGGCUAAAAGAAAGGGUAGUGAGGGUAUUGUAGAAGAUGUUAUAUUACUGGGUGCACCAGUAUCUGGUGAUCCUAAAUACUGGCAGGUCUUGACAAAAGUCGUAGCUGGUAAAAUUGUUAAUGGAUAUUGCAGGGGAGAUUGGCUGCUCAAGUUUCUAUACAGAACUUCAUCAGUACAGCUUCGUAUAGCUGGACUUCGUCCAGUGAAGUGGGAGAAUCGUAGAAUGCACAAUAUAGAUCUCAGUGAUGUGGUGAGUGGGCACAUGGACUAUCAGAAUCAGCUGACAACUAUUAUGAAAGCUGUUGGUGUUCGAACAAGAGAUGAAAUAAGUAUGCCUAAAAAAACACAGAGUGCUCCUGUCACACCUAGCAGCAGCAAGCAUCUUUUACAGGAUCCCAAAUCACAAUCACAGAGUGCCCCAGUUUCAAGAAGCACCACAGUUCAAAAUAUUAACCUUGCAUCAAUUUCUGAACAAGGACAUUCAGUGCCAGGAACUAAGGAACCAAAGACUGAAGAAUCGAAAGGAUCACCAUCUACAUUUAAAAGUAAAGAAGAUGUAUUAAAUGAAUUGUCUAGAAGUAUUUCUAAUGAAUCAUAUGCUGGUACUUAUCAUACUGAAGAUAAAUCACAGAGAGAAUCGGUCGAUAAAGAGACAGUAGUUGAUGAUAUUGCUAUCAAGGAAGGUGUUAAAUCUCUCCGUCUAGAUGAACAAAAAUAGUUAGAUGUAUCAAGAAUUGUUCAAUAUCAAAAUACAAUUAUAUCCCUCCAUUAAUGCUCCUUUUAAGUUUUAAACAACUUUGCUAAGAUGUAAUUUAUGGUCAGAUAUUUAUUUGACAGGCUCAUUUCCAUUAACUAAACAUGCAUUAUGCAAGAGCCAAAUCUUAUUGCAUGUCUUUUAUCUAGCUUCAAAUGUUAUAUAAAGUAUUAUUUAGACAUUUAUUCACACAAUAAGCCCAUAAUCAAUUCUCUAGGCCAUUGGAUGGCUUGUAUUUUUAAUGGAUUAGAAUAUCUUUGCUAUUUAAUAAUUGAACAAUAAGAUGAAUAAUCAUGACUUUGUUUAUUAUCGUAGCAUUCUACACUAUCCUUGUCAAAACUUCAAACAUUCACAGCUUCGCUCAGAAUAAAAUAAAGUAAAUUGACUGAAAUUUCCAAUAUAAUGCAUCUUUAACAGGUUAAUGUCUAUUAAUUAAUUAAUUAAUAUAUUUGCUUGAGUGCUCAAGCUUAUUAUUAAUGUUUUGGUUAAUAAUAGCAAUUAAAACUUUGUUGUUAUUCUCUUAUUAAUUGUUAAUAUUUUAUUUGUUAAUUAUAUUACUAUGAAUGUGAUCUUAACAGUAUUUUGUACAUACUAACUUUUAUGUAAAUAUAUAUAUUUUACUCAUGUAUUGUAAAUUUCGUACUAUACAUGCAAUAAUUGUUGAAAUUAUAUCUGAAGAGCUAUGUUUCCAAAUUUCAUGCCUUAAUUGAGUGGAACUGUUAAACAGGAUGUUUUUUUGAUAGUAUAUAAGGUGAAAUAAUUAAAUUAUGUAUCAAUAUUUCAAUGAUUUUAAAACAAUAUUACAUUUGUGCUUUUAAAAAGUAGGCCUACUAUUUGACUUAAAGCCACUGAUUAUUAUUUUUCACACAAAAUCUAAUUUAUCAAAAUGUACUCAAAUCAGCUUAAACCAUGCUCAAAUAUACUGAAAUUAAUUAUUUAAAAUUAAAUUACUAAAAUAAAAUCAAAAUAUGAAAUGUUAAAUAAUCUCAGGGUGUUGAUUCAACCAGAUUAAAGAGAUUUUGGUGAAGAUUACCAGUAUAGGUGAUGCUGACUUGUGCUGACAAUAUCACGUUUAUGUAGUCUGCAGAGGAUGCUGAAUGUUGACGCAUUUACAGUUCACCAAUCUCUCAACUAUGUAAACAGUGAAUGACAUUGAACCAUUUUGACUAAUAUUAAUUUUAGAGAUUCAACUGUCACAAUAUUGUAGUUUGCAAGGGAUUAGUAAUCCCUCAAAUGCCAAUCAGAGACAUUAAGCAGGAAAGGAUAAAGAAAUAAAAAUAAAUUGUACAUUAACAUAAACGUACUGUAUACAUCAAUCUGAUUGAAACACAGAUCCAAUUUCAUUUUGUUUUUAUAGUUCAAAAUUUCGAUUUUACUUGUCUUUACUACACUUGGAUCUGGAAGCGUUGUUAUUUAACUCGUGUUCUGCUAGAAAUGUGGGGUCAACCAAUCAAAUGGUCUGUCGAAUUGAGCGUUUGACCUUUUUUUGCGCGGAACUGUGGGUAGACAUUAGCAUCAAUAGAAAUCAAAACAAAGCAAAAGUAGAUAAAAAAUACUUGGCGGUCGCUAAUUGGUUAAUCGAAUGACUGACGUAAUCGGGUCAAAUGUCGCUUGCUUGGUACCUGACGUCAUAGAACGUGAACUCCCACUAUAACUUGUUAGAUCUACAUGUAGUGUAGGCCAUCGAAAGUAUAAAAAACAAAACGAAAUAUAGAUCUAUCUUUUAAUUAGAUUGUGUAUACAUUUUCUAGAAUUAGUCUAGCAUUGUAUAAUUAUUUUUUCUGAGAAUAGCAUUUUUUUAUAUUUGAGGUGCUUUAAAAUCAGUUUUACCCAAAUGCCAGUUUUUAUUUUUUACUAUGAAUUAAAUAAUUUUGAAUAAUAUAUAUAUAUUUCAAUCUAUUUUCAUAAAACACCUUACAAUUCAAUUUCUUUUUAUAUGAUUGAUCAGGGAGAAACCUGUUGCUAGCCAUCAGGAUAUACUGAACAGAAAACUUAAUAUAAAGAAGGAUCAUUACAGGGACCAAUAGGGUUAUAAUAUAUUUUUAUUGAAUUUUGUUAUUGAAUUAGGAUUUUUUUUAAUAUCAAAUUUUACGUUUUAGAAUAUAUAAUAUGUAUAUAUAUUUAUGUCCAUGAAAAUUUGAAAUCAGACCACCUGUUAUUAGAAUAACUCAAAUUUGUUUUCAGACCAGUGUUUUUCCUUCUUCCAAUAAGUAAGUCAUGCAUAUAUGUACCCUGUAUAUCUUUAGCAAUAACAUAACUGUAAAAUGUAUAUUGCCUUAAUUGCUUGCCUUUUUGUGUGUACUGUUUUCUUUAAUUCCCCUUAUAUUAACAUACAAAUUUUUUUUGUCAUAUACCUAAAAAGAAAACUAAACACAAUAUCUAUUGUAAUAUGGACUAUGAUUUAAACUUUGGGAAAUGUAAAUCCAUGUUCCAUUAAGCACUAACAUGACAGAUACCAGUAGAUGCAAAUAUACUAUUAAAAAAAAGUAGGGGAUAUUUGAUUUUUAAGUGUUAUUAAAGUCACCUAAUGAAACUGACGAAGAAACAAAUGACAAAAUGAAAUGAAGUUCACAUUCAUCGAUUUAUUCCAAAUGAUCGUUAGACUAAGUAAGGCACAGACUGACCAUUAUAAGGGUAAAAUGAUACCCGGGGUCAAACAGCAAAGUUACCACAGCAUCACAACCAAGUCAGUAACGGGUAAAUCCUCCUCUGUUUGUCAAACAAGCAUUGAUCCGACGUGGCAUACUCCUAAUGAGACGUCUAAGGUCAUUUUGGUCCAGAUUGUCCCAUUCCUGUUGCAACGCAGCAGCAAGUUCUUGGACAUUGGCAGGACGUAGUUGACGUUGACGUAACCUCUGUCCAAGCAUGUCCCAGACAUGCUCGAUGGGGGAGAGGUCGGGACUCAGUGCUGGCCAAGGUAAUGUGGUGAUGUUCUGUUGUUGGAGGUAACCUGUAACGAUCCUGGCCCUGCGACAUCUUGCGUUGUCAUCCUGGAAGAUGAAACGGCGGCCAUGACGUCGUGCGAACGGCACAACAUGGACUGCCAAGAUGUUGUCCCGGUAGUACUGGCCUGUAACACGCCCUGCAACAACAUGUAAAGCCGUUCUUCCAGCAACAGUGAUGCCUCCCCACACCAUAACAGAACCACCCCCAAAUCGAUCAUGUCUGAUGACGUUAACGUCUUGGAAGCGCUCGUUUCGACGACGCCACACCCUCCUACGUCUGUCCAAAAAAUCAACAGUGAACCUUGAGCAACAUCACAUUGCUCCAGCGUCGAUUAUCCCAGUGUUGACGAUCCCUACACCAACGACGUCUUGCCUGAAUGUGAUGACCUCUCAAACAAGGGAUCACGCGAGGACGUCGGGCGCGAAGGUGACCCCUAUGCAGUCAAUUCCGAAUCGUCUGGCCACUCACUCUCACACCAGUGUCUGUUUGAAGACGAGCGCUGAUCUGAUUUGCUGUGAUGACACGAUUUCUCAAGGCCAAGGUACGGAUAAAUCGAUCCUGGGCUUGAGUUGUCGCCCUUGGUCGACCUGAGCGUGGUCUGUCCUGUACAGAUUGUGUAUCACGGUAUCUGGACUAUAGCCUGCUUAUGACAGACUGAGAAACAUUCAUCGUCCGCGCCACAACCGCCUGUGUUGUGCCGAUCUGUAGCAUGCCAAGGGCACGUAACCUUUCAUUUUGGGUAAGCCGACGCAUAUCAAAAUUUGUUUUCUGGUCACUAAAACAAUUAAACUGAUGUUUCCACCCUGGAAUUCAAUGCCACAAUGACUGUAACAUUCAAAGUCAGAGUCGUGCAAAUCUUGGGUUGGACCCCCAUGAUGAUCCCAAGCAUCACCUGCAUUCCAUGCGGUAGCUAUUGGUGCGUUUGGGCGUCACAUGUAACUGGAAAUGUUUCUUCUGUUAGGUUCUAUAGUGACUUUUUUCGUAGUCAUUUGCAUAUUUUAGUAUUAUGCCCCCAAAAUCAAAUAUCCCCUACUUUUUUUGAAUAGUAUAUUUUGGGGUCGCAACAUCGAGCAAUUAAGGAAUUGGACUCUUUAACUAGAAUAUCCUGUGGUCAGAAUUUUUCUGGCCUAUUUAUUUCCCACUUGUUAGCAGUAGCACCCGCAGGGCUGACAAAUAAAAUGUUUGGAUAGGACGAAAAACUCAGAUCAACCUGUGCAUCAUACCUAAAAGAACACUUGAUAUCUGGAAUAUGCCUGACCAUAAAUAUAAACAAGCAGUUGCCAGGCAAGAUACACCCACAUUGUGCAAGAGAUGGAUAGAAAAAACAAGCUAAAAAAAAACAAACGUGAUUUUUCGUACAAUCAGGGGCCAUAUUCCAGUAAAUAAUGGUCUGAAAUGAUCGAAUAUUGAAAGAAACUGAGAUCGUUAAGAUAUAAACAUAUAUUUUAAGUUUCAUCAAAAUCGGACAAAAAUUGUGACCUCUAGAGGUUCCACAACCUUGGUAUUACAUACUUUUACACUAUUUGCUUCAUUCAAGGAGAGGCCAUUUUGUUGGACAGUUUCUGUCCGAUUUUUAUACGCCCACAUGGAACGCUCUUAUGCCAAAAGUUAGCAUCCGAUCUUUCUGAAAUUAAUAUGCAUUUCAGCAAUUUCCGUUCAUUACGUCUAGACGAUGGCCCUUGUUUCACUUUAUUGAACCUUGUGAACUAACGCUUAAAGUUAUCAUCCGAUCUUUGUGAAAUUUAUAUGUAUUAUUUAAAUUAGUGAAACCAUGAAGCCCAUUGAAUUUUAGCAAUUUACAAUAAUUACUUCUAGAGUUAUGGCCCUUGUUUCACUUUGUUAUCAUCCGAUAUGUAUGAAAUUUAUAUGCAUCAUUUAAAUUUGUGAAACGGAGGUCUAUUGAAUUUCAGCAAUUUCCGUUAAUACUUUCUAGAGCCAUGGCCCUUGUUUUACUUUGUGAACCAUGUGAACGAUCAAAUGACAAGUGAUCAUCCGAUCUGUAUGAAAUUUAUAUGCAUUAUUUAAAUUAGUAAAAUGAAAAAUCCUGUCAAAUUUCAACAAUUUUUGUAGACUACUUCCAGAGGGGAGGCCAUUGUUUCAGUUUGUAGAACCUUGUGAACCCUCAAACGACAAAAGUUAUAAACUGAUCUGUAUGGAACUGUCUUGUAAAGGCCCCCAAUUACCUACAAAGGAAUAAAUAUGCGACAACCCUUGUCGACUGCUCAAAAGAUUUACAGCUGCUGUGGGCGUAUGUUUCAUUGCCUUGCAACCUAUCUUUAUGAAUUUUGAACUCGACCAUCAUCAGGGUGUAACGAUGGUAUAUUUAAAUGUUUUGUUAUACGCCCACAUUGAAAUGUGGUUGUAUAAAUAUUGUCAUAGCAACCGUCUGUCGGUCCGGCGUCCACAAUUGCUUGUGGAUGCUCUAGAGGCUAGUUAAUAUUCGACUGACUUUAAAUUUAUACACAUUAUUUAAGGUCAUGAGACAAAGAAAGAAGCCUAUGGAUUUUCAACAAUUUCCGAUUACUGUCAGAGUUAUGGCCCUUGAUCACUUUGAAAAAUCUUGUGGACGCUCUGGAGACCAAAGUUAAUAUCCGAUUGACAUUAAAUUUAUACACAGUGUUUAUGGUCAUCAGACGAAGAAACCUAUUGAUUUUCAACAAUUUCCAAUAAUUACUGCCUGAGUUAUCGCAGUGUAACGGUGAUAUAUUGAAAUGUUUUUCUAAAUCGGAUCAAAAUUGUGACCUCUAGUGGGACCACAAGCUAAAAACACGAUUUUUCUACAAUCAGGGACCAUAAUUCAGGAAGUUACAAUCCUAUAUUUGCAAAUAUUGAAAGUAACCAAGAUCUUUGGGUUACAAACGUAUGCAUUCCAAGUUUCAUCAAUUCAAAAUCAGAUGAAAAUUGUGACCUCUAGAGUGUACACAAGCUAAAAAUGUGAUUUUUCGUACAAUCGGGGGCCAUGAUCAAUGAAGUUGAUCCGAUAAUUGCCAAUAUCAAAAGAAAAAAAAAAAUUUGGGGGGGAUAAACCUAUAUUUCAAGUUCCGUCAAAUUCAUCUAAGAAUUGUGACGUAGAGUGUCCACAAACAAAUUGUGGAUGGACGGACAGGGGCGACAACAAUAUACAUCCACAUGAAAAUGUGGCGGUAUACAAAUGUGUUAUAUUUUACUUUAAGAACUGGGGGAUCAUGGCUUUGGUAUACUCAGCACUUAAAAUAAAUCAACUCUGUACCAGAAUGUCUUGGGUAAAAUUACUAAAUUUUAUUCUGGCAUGUUCAGGCUUUAAAUGUAAUACAAAUUAUCCAUAUUUGAAAUUUAAUAUAUUAAUAAACAUUCUAUCCAUAAUAA